UUUCAACCUUAAACCUUUUUGUACUAUCAGACAAUGUUCUUAUAUGCAGAUACAGGUUUCCAACCUUAAACCUUUAUGUACUAUCAGACAAUGUUCUUACAUGCCGAUACAGGUUUUCAACCUUGAACCUUCAUGGCAAAUUUUUUUUCUUUAUUUCAUUUUUUGUGACAUGAAAAUAAUCAAAACAUUCUGAAGAGUAGGCAGUAUAAGUUCUCCUCCUGGAUACAGCUUAGAACUAGACCUGGAGUCAAUAUACACUAGGACUAGACGCAGCUCUGGGUCUAAGGUUCCAAUGCUCCUUAUUCCUAAACAAUCUGAUAAACAGUGUAUUCCAUCCAACCAGCUUUCUUCAAUUGGAUUCCUGGGGUUUAUAGUCUCCGUGAUUAAUGCUGCAAUGAGUAUAGCCAACAACCUCAACAGUAAUAACAACAACAGGAACAACAACAACAACGAUAAUAACGACAACAAUGACAACAUCAACAUCGCCAACUUAAACUCUGGACAGAUGAAUAUGAACAUGGUUAUGGCAGGACGGAAAAGGCGGAGUUUGUAUUCGUCCCUGUUGAGAUUAAAACGAGGUGUAUCCGGGUUCUGUAGUUCAGAACCUACACCGGAGCAGAUUGUAAGUAUGGUCGGAGUUGUUUUUAUUAAAACAUGGUUCAAUCUGGUUCUAAACCCGGAGAUAAAUGAAACAUGCGUCCUACACCAUAUAUGUCAGGGAAACCAGCAGAGUAUUCAAACUAUUGAUGAUAAGGAGGGAAAACGUCUUGCUCUUCACCUGGCAACCGUCCUAACCUCAGUUCUCUCCCUAAACCUUGAACUUGAACCCAACCUAGUUAUACAAGCUGGUAGAGCAGGGUUUGAUAAUGAAAACUGUGAGUUUAAAUAUUCUUGUAAUUAGAGAAUGGAAAGCAGGAAUUUUGUUAAUACUAAAUACACUGAAACCACCAAAGAUCA